ACUUCAAACGUCAUAUAAGAGACUAAUGAGGUUAGAAAAGUGGUGAUGUUAAUGUGUCUCUAGUUGCAGUUGCGUCCAUGUGGAAGAAUAUGAGACUAUCCUGAUCGACAGCUAUCACUGCCAAAAUUGCGAAAGAGUUGAAGGUCCAAGUAGAAGUGAUUUUAGCCCCGAGAAUUAUGCCAUUGUACUUGAGGAUGGUAUAGGCCUUAACAAGGAAUUUGAAGGCAAAACCGAAUGGGAAAAAAUUUACCUCAUUCGCGACAGAAAAGGGUUGGGAAUGGGUAUGCCUGAAGCAGGAUUUUCUAUCUGGGACUGCAUCAGAUUAGUUGGUCCGGAAAGACGUGUUUAUGUCAUAGAUGUUUAUAAACAACAGUCUUACCAGAUGAGUCUUGGAAGUUUUUAUAAACAUUUAGUAAUGUCUGACCGGCCUAGACUCUAUAAUAUCCUGAGCAUGGAGUUUUCAAAGACAGAUUUGUCUGAAAUUGUCACUCCUCCGUCGGUUGUUUCUCAGUUGAGUUGGGUGGAACGCUAUUGGGACGCGAAGGGUUUUGCUGAAAAAUCCAACAGCCCUUUGUCUUUGGAAGAACACAUAAAUGCGAAACCUGAAGUUUCACGCUACUGCUUGAUGGGCAUGGCCGGUUCUUAUACAGAUUUUCAUAUCGAUUUCGGUGGUUCUUCUGUAUGGUAUCACGUUUUUAAUGGACAAAAAAUAUUUUACGUGGUUCCUCCAACUCCAGCAAACUUGAAGCUGUAUCUUGACUAUCAUCAAGAUGACAGUCGAAGUGAGUAUUUUUUUGGAGAUAAAGUAGUACUGAAUAGUGGGGAGACAUUGCUUCUUCCAUCUGGUUGGAUUCAUGCCGUUUUUACUCCACGCGACAGUUUAGUCUUUGGUGGGAACUUUCUUCAUUCACUGAGCAUACCUAUGCAACUAAGGGUAUAUGAAAUUGAAAUGGCGCUGCUAACUCCUUAUCGGCUGACUUUUCCGGAGUUUGAGCUGGUAAAUUGGUAUGCCGCAUCAGAAAUGGCAGAACAACUCAAAGGUUCAUGGUAG